AUGGUCCAGAUUCGUGUAUUGGUUCUUGCGGCUUCACUUUCACUCGUGUCGGCAUGGGUGCCAUCUUUCAGACGCAGCCUCGCUCCGUCUAGCACGACAGCUCGGCGGAUGGCGAUAGACUAUAACGACCCUAUCGUAGGCGAAGAAUUCAACAAGGUGCAACCCAUGGCGUUCGAAGACGUUGAACAAGAACUACGCGAAAAGGGUAUUCCGGUCCCGCCGACGAUGAACGAAAUGGAAAUAAAACUCAUGCUAGUAGAAAUGCGUUUACGCCUGUCGGGAAAGCUAGCUGGACAGACAGAGAAAAAGCGACCGGCCAAGUUCUCUUCCAAAUUUGAAGAAGCUAUGUGGACGAAGCCAAUGUUUAAGGAGUUCUACGAUGAGCUAAAGCAGAAGGGAGAUCACAACGCACAGAAUGUAGUUGCCGAGUAUCUUAACGACAAGACCCUGGCUUUGCAACGAUAUGGCAAGGAUUAUAAGGCCGUCAUUCGACGAGCUGAAGCAGCUUUGACUGCAGCACCUCCUGUAAAUUCACCGACUCUCAAGUUUUCGGGAUUUCCGGCCAAUAUGGGUGAGAGCGGGUGCAAGAUGACACUGGAAGCUCUCGGUACGAUUGUCGGAUUCGAAUGCCACGUUUCCGAAGACCUACCGAUUUUAACCGGCACAGUCACAUUUGACGACAUCGAGUCAGCUAAAAAGGCAGUAGCGCAGUACAAUGGUAUGGACAUGGGAAUGGGUACUAAGCUGGAGAUUGCCUCCGUUUAAGAGUCAUCUCUUGGAUCGAUUAGAAUGAAAGUUAUGAACCAUGACAGAAACAAACAAACCAGUAGAACAACACUAAAGCAAAAUAUGCCUUUAUCCAAUAUGACUGACUU